AUGCAAUUCAAAAAAAUCUUCGCCGCCUGCGCUUUCGCUGGUGUUGCGUUUGGUGCCAACAACUCUACUUUAACCACUGCCACUCCAUCAGUUUCUAAAGGUUGUUCAUUCAAGGAUUUCACCGCUACUGCAUCUUCGCAAGUGCAAUCGGUUGCUGCUUGUGCCACUGCCGUUGGGGAUGUUACCAUUCAAGGGGAUUCUUUCGGUUCAAUCGAAUUGACUGGGGUCGAACAAUUUUACGGUAAAUUAACCAUUCAAAACGCCACCAAGGCUGAGACUCUUAAUGCUCCAAGCUUGCAAUUGGUUUCUGGGGACUUGGUUAUUACUGCCAACACUGUUUUAUCCACCCUUAACUUGGCCCAAUUAACCACCGUUGGUACUUUCAACUUGAAUGCUUUACCAGCUUUGGAAAAAACCGGUUUAUCCAGUGGGAUUACUUCUGCUGAUGAAAUCAUCAUUAGUGACACUGGUUUAACCUCUUUGGACGGUAUUAACGUUUACAAAUUGAAGGUUUUCAACGUUAACAAUAACGGUGAUAUCGAAUCGAUUGACUCUGGUUUACAAAAAGUCACCGAUACUUUAUCCAUUUCUUACAACGCCGAAAAAGUCGACGUUUCCUUGGACGAUUUAACCGAAGCCAACGUUGUCUACUUACAAUCCAUUAACUCUUUAUCUGUUUCCAACUUGACCAAAAUUACCGGUUCUCUCUCUUUAGAUUCAAACUCUAUCGAUAAAAUCGAAUUCAAAGGUUUGGAAUCCGUCGGUAAAUCUUUAUCCAUUAGUGAAAAUGAUGACUUGGAAGAAUUGGACUUUCCUCAAUUAUCUUCCAUUGGUGGUGCUUUGAAAGUCGAAGACAAUGAAGAAUUAUCUUCUUUUGACGGUUUCCCUAAAUUGAAAACUAUCGGUGGUUCUGUUGUCUUGAGUGGUAAAUUCGAUAACGGUACCUUUGACUCUUUAAACAAAGUCUCUGGUGGUUUCAACUUGACCUCUACCGGUGAUUUAUCUUGUUCCGAUUUCACUAAAUUAAACAAAGCUGGUGAUAUCAAAGGUGAUAAAUUUUACUGUAGAGGUGCUUCUUCUACCGUUUCUUCUUCCUCUUCUAAAAAGGGUAACAAGAACGGUGAAUCUACCUCUGGUUCCGAUUCUGACUCUUCUGAUUCUUCCUCUUCUUCCUCUUCUUCAAGCCACUCUUCUGGUGCUUCCAACACUGCCGUCGUUAAAUUGUUAACCGUCAUUGUUGGUUUUGUCUCCGUCGGUGUCGCCUUAUACUAA